CCCUUCCUCAUAGCCCAUGGAGGGCAGCAGCUGAGCAGUAAGGACCUGUGCAGACCCCUGGAGGAACUGCAAGAGGCUGUAGAGAUGCUUAAUGAUGUGGUAAAAGAACGUGAACGGGCUGUGGAGGCAGCAACUCAGACAGAGAACCUGAAAUGCUAUGUGCAGGCUUUGAAAGAUGGGAAGAAACAAGGCUGUCCUGGAUCACCUCCCAGAUGGAGACCUUGAGGGUCAAUGCAGAAGCACUGGCUCAGGACCUCAUCCAGGCAGAGAAAAGCUUUGCCACAGUGAAAAGUGAGCAGGAGCUGCUGGAACUGCAGGUCAUGUUGAGAAGGCAACAAGAGAUAGAGAGUGAUAUGUCUGACCUGGAAGUGGACCUGGAGGACCUGGGCAGAGCAGCUACUCAGCUGGAAGAGCCCUGCCUCGUUCAGACAUGUGACAACUCCAAGGGGAUUCAAGAAACACCAGAAGCUUGGAAGGAGCUGCAAAAGCUGGUGUUCGAAAAUGCAGUCCGUGGAGAGCGUGCUGUUCGUUUGCGGCAAUUCUUCAGAGAUUAUUUGGCCAUUAUCUCCUGGACAGAAGACACCCGUGCUCAGAUCUUCUCAUCAGACAGUCUGAGCAGCGCUCAUGGUCUGUCAGAGAAUCGGAGCGAGGAGCUGGAGAGCAACAUUGAAACUAAGUUGAAGGAGUUUGAAGAGUUGGCAGCUGCAGGAUGGAAGCUGGUGGCUGAGGAGCAUGACCUGAGUGAGACAAUAAAGGAGCGAAUGGAGGAGCUGCAGAGUAUGUUGGGAUGGAUGAUGAUGCAUUGGCGAGCACAGAGUUCUCAGAAGGAGCCUGGUACCAAGCAUGGUGACUGGAAGAGUCAAGAUGGCACUCAGAGUGUGCCCAAGAAGUACCAAGUGAGGGUAGUCCCUGACGUAGACAUACCUGAUAAAGAUGGUGUGACAAGACCCAAUAUCUUGGAAGAGCCUCCUUCCCCAUUACUCUCCCUCCAAGGUGGUUCAGCAUCACAGCACCCUGGGCAAGAGAGAACAGAGGAUGCUGCUGCAGUCCUGCCUGUUGCCGAUGCUCAGCCAAUGUGUAAACUGAGCUUGAAUGAAUUAGUAAAUUGCGUGCCUUCUGAGAAGGACACUCCCAAGGAAAUACUGGCCCUAAAACCCACAGAGGGCCCAGUGCUACUGGUGCCACAACAAGAUACUGGCAACCUGGGCAGCACAGUGAACUUGAUCUUGAGCAUUGGCAAGAAAGGGGAGGAAAAGGUGGGCGUUCUGGCAUCAGCAAACCAAGCAGGAGUACCGGCAUCAGUGGAAGAGGAGGGCUUGCACAAGCUCUAUGAAACUAAACCCUCAGCCUAUAAAACCUUUUGGAAGCGUUGCCAGGGGCUGCUAGGAAAUACUUUGGGUAGUUUAAAGAGAAAGAAAAAACCACCCCACCAGCAUGUGGAAGAGGUCAGCACUUAUUUGCAUGUGAAGAAGGACAAAAAUAAAGGUAUGGCCUGUAGAAGCUCAACCAUGGCACAACUCACUAAACAAAUGACUACCAGAACUCAGUUUUCCCUGCUACCGAGUACAGGGUGCAGCACCACCACCUUCCACACUUUGCCAAAGAUCAGCUCCAGCUCCCUCUUGAAGAUUCUGCGCAGAAAAGGAAAAGGAAGUAUAGAAGAUGCCCAGAUACUUACCUUGCAAGGGAUCAUGGAAGCAGAUCUGAGUGAUCCAAAGCUUGUUCAAGAGAAGAAACACAGUAGUACCUGGCCCCCUAAGUGCAACAGAAGGGCACAGACUUUGCAGACACAUUGCCUGCAGCUCAGACAGCUGAUGGAUUAUGUAAAGAACCCAUUGGCAUGGACUAUUGAUGCUGAAUGUGACUCAGCUGCGAAAGGAUCUGGACAGCAUACAUUUGUGAAAGAUGGCAAAAGUUUCAACAGCCCCCAGGCACUUCCAGAGAGGAUGAACAUGUGCCAGCAUCUUUCUCUGGGUUCCAUCCUGAACCUGGAGCUCCCUAAGGAUCCCACUGCAUUGCGGAACAUCCAGGAUACUAUCAGCAGAGCACAGGAGGGACUGGCAGAUAGAAGGGAAGCAGGCCAGGCCAGUGGAGUGGCUCAAUGGAACAUCAGUGGAACAAAGAUACAGCAAAAUGAUGCCAGCCUGCAGAAGAGAAGACUAGGAGUACAGCCAGCCAUAUGUCAAAAGCCACUUGGGACAGGGGAUGUUCAUCAUAACUUUCACAAGAAUGAGAGAGGCACAUGGUUUGAAGAGGUGAGUUGCAACCCAAGCUACCACUGGCAGAAGGCUGAUUGUUCUGUUCCUUGUGAAGAGGACAGGAAAAGUCCCAAGAGGCGCAGCAGUUCCAGUGAUGAGUAUCCCGAUUUCAAGCAGAACCAGCUGUCCCAUAUCAGUGUGCUGCAUGAGCAGUUAGGCUGGGAAUGGGACAGAUUAGCUGCCACACUGGGUACAACUGGCAGCACUGGUGGGGGGUUGCAGGGAAAGGAGCCAACUGAGCACACAGCCAAAGUCAGAGAGUCAUCUAGAGUGACAUUCAAGCCCUCUCCUGCUGCACAUAGAAGCACUGUUGAUGCAGCUUCUAGUACAGCCAAAAUUAAGGACCCUGCAGCAAAUGUGAUGCCAAACAAGGAAACCAACCAGGAUGAUUUAGAAGGAACAUGUGAAAAAAUCCCACUUUCGUGGCAUCACAUGGGAUUCAAAUCCCCUACUAAGGUGUCUCUGUUUGAACGUGAACUAGACCACCAAGAAGGCAUCCCAGCUUCUUCAGGGCUAGAAUCUUUAGUCCAGGCUCCAGAAGGAAAUACAGCUGAAGGACCAAAGUUGCCCUGCAGGGCAGACAUUUGUCAUCCUGCCCAUGAGUUGUUUGAAGAAGAAGAGGAGGAGCUGCAGGCGAUAUGGAGUAAUGUGGAGAAACACAAGAGAAGAGCAGGUGUCCAUGAUGGCCCAGAAAGAAAGGUAGACAAAGCACAAAGCCCAGGUUCUAGUGGAAAAAUAAUCCUGACAGCGGCAGAAAAUGUGCUGGUGGCCAAGUUCAAGCUUCCCACCUCUGUCCAGCCACUUCAGGGCUCAGAAGAGGAGAAAGGGUCCAGUAAUGGACUUGGUAGGAAGAGCAAUUCAGCUCAUUGCUGGGCAUCUUUGCCUUCUUGUCUGGAGCCAUCUGAGAGGACAGAAGUUGCAGCUUUAGGAACAGUGUCGAGCAUCUACCCAGGGGACCAGCUAAAGCACCAAGAAGAGAGCAGAGGAGUCAACAAGCUUCUACCCAGUAAACUGGAGCUCCAGAUGAUGGAAGGAACUCUGGAGAGGAAGCACCUGUUGCAGGCAGGAGGAAGAAAGGCAAAUUGUCGUUCCUGGAACACAUUCCAUACAGUGCUGAUGAGACAAACUUUGUGUUUCUAUCAAGACAAGAAAGACACUCUCAAGCAGAGCUCCAUGGUGGCCUUAACACUGAAUCUCUGUGGAGCCAUCUGCGCCCUGGAAAAAGAGUACACCAAAAAGACCAACUGUUUCACACUGCUGUUGAAGGACGGUUCCAAGUAUCUCCUUAGAGCUCUGACAGAACCACUCAUGAAAGAGUGGGUUACCAAACUGCAGCAAAAUUCAGGUUUACCUGAAGUGGAUUAUUUCCAGUCCACUUCCCAAGCCACCCAAAGGACAACCUCUGCUGUUAAUGUGAUUCCUGGCCUUGGAUCCUCCCACUGUGUGGGUCUUCAUCAGCCCCUUACAGCAAAGAGCCAAGAGGAGCCCCGGUCAAGUGUCAAUCUGCAGCCACUUUAUAAUACUCGAGAUGACCCAUUGGAUUCAGCAGCAUCACCAGCAGGAAACAAUCAGAAAUCUGCAGCCGUUUAUACAGCAGAGCAAAGUCCAAAGCUGUUCUCACCUACUGAGUCUCCAAGGGCACACGAUCCCUUUAUGUGUCAGAAAGAUGAUUGUGGGCUUGUGACAAGCAAGAGGAGAUCAUAUUCCUUCACCUCAGCUACCUACCAGAAGAUAAGCCCCCUGUCAGUAUCUAAAGAACCCUUGGGGGUUGGCAGCAGCUACACAGUCACAUUAUACAUUGGAGAGCAGCGGGCACCUGCCAUUCUCAGGCCUCGCUGCCAUUCUUUCAUGGCCACCCCUGGUGGUGUCCGAGACACUCUAAGUGAGAGAAGCCAGGGCACCUCACCUCGCCAGAAGAACAAAUCCGUCUUCAGAAAGUUCUUUGGAAAGAAAGAUUGACAUUCUGGUUCAUUCCUUUUAGCUGGAAAAUGGGAUAUGUGACUCUACACAAACUCUAGGCCUGAUUGUAACCAGGGGGCACUCUAGCGAUUGCUCUCUCCUGAGGGUGCAGGAAGAGUGAUGUAAGGGAAGAGAGUCUCUGAUCUGUGAAACAAUCCAUUAGGCCUCAAGCAUGUGCUUCACCUAUUUCCUGAUAGUAGUGGAGCUUGAGGGGAACACUGUACUGAGAUAGGGAACAUUAACCCAUUGGGUCAGAGGCCUGUAGAAAAACAACUGAGUCAUUUUGCAGAAGUGUGGUAUAAUAGAACCCCUCUUGUGAGGCUUUCUCCAAAUACACACAAGCUAAUGGACAGCUUCAGUUAAUACGUUCCCAGGCACAUAUGUAUUAACACUGUGUUUUUAUUCCAGGGGCGCGGGUGGAGAGUCAUGCUGUUUCAUUCUUUCCUCACAAAUGUUUGCAUGAUUUGUGAUAGGACCAACAAACAAAUAGUUUCCUUAGGUCCAUUGGUCUCUACGAGUUGCCAAGUUUUUAAAAUUUGCUAUUGCUCCUGUGCCUGUAACAGCAUUACAAUCAACUGACAUUUGGCAAAUGAUAAUGCUUAUCCUUACUCCAUGUGCCAUUUCCUGAUUUUUGCAGAUUGGGCUUCCGUAAAAACAGAAUCUUUCUUUGUCUGUUGGCAACAUAGCUCAGCCACAGGAUCUCCCCAUGUUCACUGAGUAAUUGUGCCUUGGAGAGAUCAGCACCAUACAAAUCUAGGGUUAGCACAUAUCUGACCCAAAGAGAGCUGAAAGUUGACAAAGCAUCUGGGAAACAAUAACUUUGGAUCCUAAUGAAAACUGUUACGCCCCCAUCUUUACUGUACAGAAAUGCAAUAGAGCAUUCACUUUGGUUAAAUGAAUCUCAUGUUUGUUCUGCUUUUCUUUCCUUCUGCACUGUAAUGCCGAGUGCAGGAUCAAAUAUGGCUUGUUUAGUUGGCAGAUUCAUCUCUCGCAGAAACAUUAACACCACAUUAAAACACCCAGUGGC